CUUGUAUUGAGACGCAGCCUUUCUUUAGUGCAGCAUCCGCCAUAUUGUCUAUCAGGAGACGCUGAGAGCAAAUGAAAUGAGGAAUGAGUUUUAAGAUUGCAGUGUCUCCUGAUUAAACACCUGGAUGUCCUCUUUGAUUAGAAUUACAAUCAGCCUAUGCUCCACCAUAAAGUCAUCACAUCUGCCUUCAUCAGCUCCACCUGUCAUUUGCCGCUUGGAGAAAACCUCCAAGGUGUUUCAGGGAAUACCGUGUGUAGAAUAUGUCUGGCCCUGUCCCAAGUCGCUCUCGAGUUUACCCUGAUGUAAACACACAGCGACCCAGAGAGUACUGGGACUAUGAAUCCCAUGUGGUAGACUGGGGAAAUCAGGAUGACUACCAGUUAGUGCGAAAGCUUGGCCGGGGAAAAUACAGUGAAGUGUUUGAAGCCAUAAACAUCACGAACAAUGAGAAAGUAGUCGUCAAAAUACUCAAGCCAGUAAAAAAGAAGAAAAUUAAACGAGAAAUAAAAAUUCUGGAAAACUUGAGAGGAGGUCCCAACAUCAUAUCACUUUUAGACAUCGUAAAGGAUCCUGUGUCUCGAACGCCAGCACUGGUCUUUGAGCAUGUUAACAACACAGACUUCAAGCAACUCUAUCAGACGUUAUCAGACUAUGACAUCCGCUUCUACAUGUAUGAAAUUCUUAAGGCUCUGGACUACUGCCACAGCAUGGGGAUAAUGCACAGAGAUGUAAAACCACACAAUGUUAUGAUUGACCAUGAACACAGAAAGCUUCGGCUGAUUGAUUGGGGUUUGGCUGAGUUUUACCACCCAAACCAGGAGUACAACGUGCGUGUGGCAUCCCGAUACUUUAAAGGUCCUGAACUACUUGUGGACUAUCAGAUGUAUGACUACAGUCUGGAUAUGUGGAGUCUUGGAUGCAUGCUGGCCAGUAUGAUCUUCAGGAAGGAGCCGUUUUUCCAUGGACAUGACAACUAUGAUCAGCUUGUUCGGAUAGCAAAGGUUUUGGGUACUGAGGACCUGUAUGAUUACAUUGACAAAUACAACAUUGAACUGGACCCACGCUUUAAUGACAUUUUGGGCAGACACUCCCGUAAGAGAUGGGAACGAUUUGUGCACAGUGAGAAUCAGCACCUGGUCAGUACAGAAGCUCUGGAUUUCCUGGACAAGCUGCUACGUUACGACCACCAGGCCCGACUGACAGCCCGUGAGGCCAUGGACCACCCAUACUUCUACCCCAUUGUAAAAGACCAGGGCAGAGGUGCACCGGCUCCAGGAAUGGCUGCCAGCUCCACACCAGUCAGCUCCUCUAGCAUGAUGGCAGGCAUUACCUCUAUGACUCCGAGCGCACAGCCCAACAUAGCCAACAUGAGUGCUGGUUCUCCCAUCAUCCCUGCCCCAAACACAAUGGCCACACAAGUGCCCACUGCCGCAGGAGCCCAGCCCUGAACACCAACUGCCCCUAUGUGUCUCUCUCUAUCUCUCUCUCUCUCUAUCACAUCUCUCCCUCUCUCUUCUGUGGGCCUGCUUGGAAUUGUGAAUCGGGGUCAUUGAUUUCGUUAUUUUUAUUAUGUUGCAAAUAACACAGAACUAAAAUGUUAAGUUGCUGUUUUGUUUUUGCUCUUCAGUUGUGUUGUUUAAGGGUUUAUGGACUCAAGGAAACCCAUCAUGUUUUUUUUGCACCUGUCUGUGUGAGUUAGAAAAGCAUAUGGGUGUGAGCGCUCUAUCACAGUGACUGUUUAGAAACACACUUAAAUGUCCACCUGAAGAAGGUUAAUAAAAUUAAUUUUAUAUGUC